AUGACGUCCACCAGCUCCGGUUGGUCGCAGCUUCGCCAGCAAGCCCGCUCCCUCGAGACUCAGACCGAAAACCUCUUCCAUACUUAUGCACAAUUUGCCUCUCUUACAAAGCCUCCACCAGAACCCACAGAAGAGGAGCUGCGGAUUGAAUCCCAACUGAAAGACCUCCUUGAACGACGUGAUGCCCUAAUUGCUCAGCUAUCUCGCCUUCUUGACUCCGAAGCUACCCUCACAUCUUCCGCCCUGAAACAGAGCAAUCUUUCCCGCCAUCGUGAAGUUCUUCAAGACCACCGCCGCGAGCUCCAAAGACUGAGUUCCGCUAUCGCCGAGGCACGCGACCGUGCCAACCUUCUCUCCAAUGUGCGCUCCGAUAUUGAUGCCUACCGCGCAUCGAACCCCAGUGCUGCCGAGGCUGAAUACAUGCUUGAGGAGCGUGGCCGAGUCGAGAACAGCCACAACAUGAUGGACGGCGUGCUCAGCCAGGCAUAUGCGAUUAACGAGAACUUUGGUGUGCAGCGUGAAACUCUCGCCAGCAUUAACCGGCGCAUUGUCGGUGCUGCCAGUCAAGUCCCUGGCAUGAACUACCUCAUGACCAAGAUCGGGACGAAGAAGCGGAGAGAUGCGAUUAUCUUGGGAUGCUUCAUUGGGUUCUGUUUCCUGAUGCUGCUUUACUUCCAUUAA